CACUACUACGUCAACGCCCCCACUACGACCAUUCACGGACGUACCAUAUGAUUCGAGCAGAUUAGAUUUUCUCAAAUCUGCGCUGCAAAUUACGGAUGUUUUCGCAGUUCCUUGAUGCCUAGCUGGUGCCGUUGCCCCUCAGGACCGAAAACAAACGACACAAGAUUUGCGGAGAACUGUGCAAACGAGAAGGGGUGGCCUCUUGGAGCACGUUCAGAGCUGUUGGCCCCAUUUCUCGCGACAGCCGGAGGCUUCCGUCACAAUUGUGGUUAAGUGUUAAGCGAUGGCAGCAUCUUCCGGCAGUGAGCCAGGACCUUCAAGGGAGGGCGAAGAAAACAAGGAAAAAGAUGAAAGGAUGUUUGAAUGCAACAUCUGUUUGGACACGGCUCGAGACGCAGUUGUCAGCAUGUGCGGGCACCUUUUCUGUUGGCCUUGUCUGCACCAGUGGUUAGACACCAGACCUAACAGACAAGUGUGCCCAGUCUGCAAGGCAGUGAUAAGCAAGGACAAGGUCAUACCGUUGUAUGGGCGUGGAAGUGGCAAACAGGAGGAUCCUAGGAACAAAGUGCCUCCUAGGCCGCCAGGGCACCGAACGGAACCGGAAAAUACUAACGGAUUUCCAGGCUUUGGAUUUGGCGACGGUGGAUUUCAGAUGUCGUUCGGCAUUGGUGCUUUUCCCUUCAGCUUCUUCACGUCCUCUUUUAAUUUUGGAGAGCCUAGGCCCAACCCAGCACCUGUUGGCACGCCACAGUUCGAAGAGGAGCAGUUCCUGUCUAGAGUGUUCUUGUACAUCGCGUGCGUAUUCAUCUUGUGGCUACUGCUGGCAUAACACCCGCCCACCGUUAUUUGUGAUGAAAACCAUUCCUACAAAUCGUGUUUGAAUUUUAAUUUCCUUCCUACCCUUGAAAGUCAUCUUUAAAACCCAAUUCCUCCUGUGAGCAACACAGCUGCAGGCUAUGUGUAAACUUUGUAAAUAUGGUACGACGCUAUUAUCAAAAUGAAAAAUGUCAAAGAUUUUGAUGUAAGAUAAUAAAAAUUAAUGUUGAUAUCAAA